CCGGUCUGCACAGACGGCUGCAUGCACAAUUCAAGGGCCCGCGCUGCCAUCAAUGCCACUGCAACUACCCGUUCUUUCAGGUACAGACAGCACCUAACCCACUAAGCGACUUUCAGGCUUUGACUGGCCUGAGAUCCAUCAACACUACUGUGUAGAGUUGUGCUAAAAACGGUUCCUUGAUCCAAAAGCUCAGCAACGGGGAGAAUUUUAAUCACGACCAAUUUUUAUAUUCUAGAUUUAAUACAAUGUCCUCUCCCGACAUGAAUGCAGACUAUGAAGCUUUCGAUAGUGGCCGGCCUGGCUUUGUCAUAGGAAACCACGAUUCCUCCAGGUGGGAUGCUCUAACUGACAAUCACCAUUCCCAUGUUCUCGCUUCCGGUUUCAACUUUGUCACAGCUCCCGUGACCAACGGCCAUUUCCGUCAACGGGUUGUGGACUUGUAUAACUCUCACGUGAAAGAGACUCAAGAGUUUGGCCUCACUGAUGCCGAAAAGUCCAACCCAUCACUUCCUGGUCCCAUCAUCUCGACCUUGACGGAUGAUGAUACGUCACUUUUCCCCUCAUCCUUUGUCUCUGCAGUCAUUGCGUACUCCAGCCCAUGGAUAGAUCUGUGCUCCGAGGACCCUUUGGUCGCGGAUUUGUCGCGCCAGGCCCUCAACCUCGAAGUCGCAUAUGCCAACUUCUGCGGCGUUCGUAGUAUCGUCAUCCCUGGCCCCCGGAGAGAUGACGAUGCCAAAGGCGUUGCACAGUACGCCCGGGCUAUCCAAGAGGCAUUCUUGAUCGCAACCAGGCUCAACUUCAUCAUCCACAUCCCCAUGUAUCGGGAGCCAAACCUCGAGGAGACAGAGAUGCUUCUUUCUGAAGCUGUUGGUCGGCAGAGCAAACCUGCAGAGAAGAAGGAAAUUGAUCUUUUUGGUGCCUGGGACACUUGGCACACCAUCAGAUCUGUCUGUGAUUACAGUGUCAGAUUGUUUGUGGCUUUGAGGAUUCCCAAGAGGCUUCCAGAGAAGGAGCUACAAACACGAUGGUUUGCGGAGCCAUUGCAUUACUUGACACUCGGGCCGAACACUUUCGAAAAGAACAGGGCCGGUCAUCCUUCUCUCAGUAAAAAUCAUCAAGAGAUGAUCAACAUGUACAUGAGGUUGAAGGCCUACCCCUGGUUCUUGGUUUACGACCUUGGGCCAACCAAAGAAGAGCUCGCCCGGGCUGAGCAAGCGGGAUCAGAGUUCCCGACUUUGGCUGAGGCAGCUAAUGGUGACAGCCGUAUAGCUAGCAACCCUGAAGCUGCAUACCUCAGGCAUUUGGAACGUCAGCAGCCCCCUUAUGGGAAACUGGAAUCGCCAGCUCUCAUCAGCUUCCAGGACUGGCUGCAGUCGCCUCUGCAGCCGCUCUCUGAUAACCUGGAAUCAUCCACGUACGAGAUGUUUGAGGGUGACCCGGUCAAGUAUGACCAGUAUGAGAAGGCCAUCACUGAGGCAAUGGCCGAGUGGAAGCUUCUCAAGAAGCCGACAUCAGGCGUCAACAAGGAGACUCAAGAACCAGAACUCGUCGUAACAGUUGCAGGCGCAGGACGUGGUCCUUUGGUUACCCGCGUUCUCCGGGCGAGCGCUGCCACAGGUUUCCCCGUACAGCUGUGGGCACUGGAGAAGAACCAAAACGCCUAUGUCUACCUGCUGAGGCAAAAUGAGAGGGUGUGGGGUGGGAAAGUCCGUGUGAUCAAGACGGACAUGCGUGAAUGGGACGGCAUCGUCCCAUUAGGCCAAAAGGUAACUGCCGAAAACCCGGCCGGUUCCGUUGAUAUCCUCGUCACCGAACUACUGGGAUCUUUUGGAGACAACGAACUGUCCCCUGAGUGCCUCGAUGGUAUCCAACGCCAUCUGGCCAAACCACAUGGAAUCUCGAUCCCGCAUUCGUACACGGCGCAUCUCAGCCCCAUUGCGCACCCGAAACUUCACGCAGAGAUCUCUGGCCGAUUCGUCACGGACCCCAACUCCUACAACACGCCCUGGGUUGUCCGACUCUUUGCCAUUGACUUCCUCGCUAGCCGCGGCGUCCCCGGAAAGCCGCGGUUCCAGCAAGCCUGGGAGUUUGUGCACCCCGUUCGCCUUUCUUUUGCCGAGAAGUGGGCGGCCGAACACGGUCCCCAUAGGAGGCCGAUCCGUGGAGGCGGCGGCGCCAUGAACCUGUCAUCAGGGCUGAACGAGCACAACGCACGACACUGUCACUUGACCUUCGUUUGCGGCCGGCGAGGCGUGAUGCACGGCCUGGCUGGGUAUUUCGAGUCGACUCUGUAUGCGUCACAGGUUCAGGGGAAGGAAAAGGAGCUGGUCGAGAUCAGCAUUCUGCCGGAGCAGAUCGACCGGAAGAGCAAGGAUAUGAUCUCUUGGUUCCCAAUCUACUUCCCUCUAAAUAAACCAUUGUACUUCCCUGAGGAUGCAGAAUUGGAGGUGAGCAUGUGGAGACAGACGGACGACACGAGGGUCUGGUACGAGUGGAUGGUCGAGGCGUAUCUCUGGGUUAGCCCAACACAAAGGGUCAAGAUUGGAGCCUCCGAUUUGCACAGCAGUAGAAAGAUAGCAUGUUUGAUGUGAAGGUUUUGUUCAAAAUACCUAGCACUCAAGCAUCAGCAUUAGGAUCCAAAAGGCUUUAUAUCUGCCGUUUUGUUUUGUUGCCCCCAAAGUACAGCCAAGUCUGCGUUGGUCCCUCAGAGCUUCCUAUUCGUUGAUAUCAUCACUCUCAGCGAGCAGGUUGUCUCGCCUCAGCUUUGCUCAGUAUUUUGUGCCUGAACCACCAGCUUCGCAUCGCUAUAUCGAGGGAAUUCCUUGUCUCUCAGAGUGAUGUCCCUCAGUCACUGGUAAGUACUGGGAUUUCUAUACCGGCCAUCCAGCCCCGUGCAGUAGAUAUUGAGGGCGGUGGCACGGCAUACCCCCAGAUACAUCCCAGUACCCCGAGCUCGCCCAGGAGAAUCAAGUCCGCCUCUGCUUGUCUUUUUUUAGGGCCCGUCCCUCUCCUCCUGAUCCAUUUCUCUCCCCUUUUCCCCCUAAUCAUUCCAUUUUGACGUCGCCGUUCUCGUCUGCCGUCGCGCUCCUGAUCCAAAGCACGUUGUUGCACCUGAUAAGGAUCUGGCCCAGAUCACCCUCGAGCUUCUGGUCGAUAUACUCCUGCGCGUUGCUGAGCUGGAUGUUCAUGUAGCUGUCGAUGCUGACCAGCCUUCCCUUGUACUCGGUUUCGCCCCACUUUAGGCGCACGUAGACGUCCUUGUUGACACUGUCUUGCAGCAUCGGCCGCGGGUUGACUGGCAUACACUCAUGUUGGGCGACUUUUUGCUGGAUGCGAUGCGUGCGUGUUGUGGUGCAUCGACAAGGACGGUUUUUGUGUCGCUGGUCGCGUUG